AUGGUUGUUCGUUCAGAUUUGCUAAAGAAGUCGCUACAACUGGGCAAAUCCGCCCGUUUUUACACUGCACAGUCGCCCCGGAACUUGGUAUCUACUACUCGUGAUACUACGUUUUCACAGGGUGUGGGGAGUGAUGACCCUCACAAAAAGGUCAGACCCGUGGGCUCCCAGGCGAAAGCCAUGCUGGAUGAUCCAGUGCCGAGACAGACUCGUCUUUUCGUUGAGGGGCCCAUUGAAUGCCCUCUAGAAGGGUUCCAGCUUUUAAACUCACCGCUUUUCAACAAGGGUUCUGCAUUCACGUUAGAAGAGAGACAGGCUUUCGGUCUAGAAGCCUUGCUGCCCCCCAUGGUCAACACCCUGGAUGAGCAAGUGGAAAGAGCGUACAAACAACUUUGUUACCUCAAGACUCCUCUAGCGAAAAACGAUUUCAUGACGUCCAUGAGAACGCAAAACAAAGUGCUGUAUUUCGAGCUUGUGAGGCGUCACAUUCGUGAACUCGUGCCAAUUAUUUACACUCCUACGGAAGGUGAUGCCAUCGCAGCCUAUUCUCAUCGUUUCAGAAGACCCGAAGGUGUUUUUCUCGAUAUCACGGAACCUGAUUCUAUUGAGCGUAGAUUGGAGGCAUACGGUACCAGUAAGGACGUUGACUACAUAGUCGUUAGUGACUCUGAAGGAAUCUUGGGUAUUGGUGAUCAGGGCAUUGGAGGAAUCAGAAUUGCAAUCUCCAAACUAGCUCUAAUGACCUUGUGCGCUGGUAUUCACCCUGGUCGCGUUCUUCCGGUUUGUCUUGAUGUUGGUACCAACAAUAAGAAGCUGGCUCGUGACGAACUUUACAUGGGUAAUCGUUUUGCUAGAGUUCGCGGUAAACAGUAUGAUGAAUUUGUCGACAAGUUCAUCAAAGCCGUCAAGAAGAAGUUCCCAUCUGCCGUGCUACACUUUGAAGACUUUGGAGUCACAACCGCAAGGCCCUUGUUAGACCGCUACAGGAACGAGGUCCCAUGUUUUAACGAUGACAUCCAGGGGACAGGUGCUGUUGUUAUGGCAUCCUUUUUGGCUGCUUUGAAGCACACUAAGAGAGACUUAGGCGAAGCCAAGAUCCUUGUCUAUGGUGCGGGUUCCGCUGGGUUAGGUAUCGCUGAUCAGAUCAAAAGUCACAUGGUUACAUCUGGAUUAUCCGAAGAAGAAGCACGGUCCAAGAUAUAUUUGAUGGACAGGCGUGGUUUGAUCAUGGAAUCGAUGGAAGAUUCCUCAUCCCCAGCUCAGUACGUCUAUGCGAAGCCCGAUGAAGACUGGUCUAGUGUCAACACCUCCUCAUUGCUAGAGGUUGUCAGUCAAGUAAAGCCUACCUGUUUGAUUGGAUGCUCUACCCAAGCUGGUGCCUUCAAUAAAGCGAUUGUUCAAGAGAUGCACAAACACAACCCUAGACCUAUUAUUUUCCCAUUGUCAAAUCCUACAAGGUUACACGAAGCCGUGCCUGAGGAUUUGAUGAAAUGGACAAACUUUGAGGCCUUGGUUGCCACGGGCUCUCCUUUCCCCCCCGUGAAUGGCUAUCGAAUCUCAGAAAAUAAUAAUUGUUUUUCUUUCCCAGGUAUCGGUUUGGGUGCGGUUCUCUCACGCGCCACCUCUAUUACUGACACUAUGAUCUCCGCGGCAGUUGAUCAGCUAGCGUCUUUAUCCCCAAUGACGGAGACAGACUCUAAACCAGGGUUGUUACCUCCUUUAGAAGUCAUCAAUGACACCUCGGCAAAAGUGGCAACCGCAGUCAUUUUACAAGCUCUGAAAGAGGGUAGCGCUCGCAUUGAAACGGAAGAUGUCCCAGGUACAAAUGAAAAAGUCAAAGUGCCUAGAGACUUUGAUUUAUGCUUGAAGUGGGUCACCAAGCAAAUGUGGAAGCCUGAAUACAGACCAAUGCUGAAAGUGCAGCAUGAUCCCAAUGUUUUCACUCACCAGUAUUAA